CUGCCGUUUUUUUUUACCAUAGGUGCUUGGUGUUUUCAGGCUUGUGAUUUAUCUGAGUUGGUGAAAACUAACGAUUUUCCCCAUCUCCUCUUUUAUGGACCAUCCGGUGCUGGUAAACGUACCAGAAUUCACUGCAUUUUAAGGGAACUGUAUGGUGUUGGAGCUGAACGUCUUCGCCUGGAUAAAAAGUUGCUUGUCACACCUUCUAAUAGGAAGAUUGAAAUAGAUACAGUUAGCAGCAAUUAUCAUAUCGAAAUGAACCCUGCAGAAGUCGGUAUCUAUGACCGUUUCGUUGUUCAAGAAGUAAUUAAACAAAUGGCUGAGACGGCUCAGAUUGCUAGCUCUACACAAAAGAAUUUCAAAGUGGUGGUACUUAUGGAGGCAGAUUACCUCACACGUGACGCUCAGCAUGGUCUUCGUCGGACAAUGGAGAAAUAUUCGAUGAGCUGUCGUCUGAUUCUUUGCUGUGAAUCUCUCAGUCGGAUAAUAGAUCCAUUAAAGUCAAGGUGCAUGGCCGUCAGAGUUGCUGCCCCCAGUGAUGAUGAAGUACGUGAAGUGUGCUUAACGGUAGCCGAUAAGGUUAGGCUGACAGUACCGGAUUCCGUGAUGGCUCAGAUUAUAACAAAAGCGCGUGGUAACCUACGGCGUGCUUUGCUUUCAAUGGAAGCAGUGAAGCGAAAAGGACAGCCAAUUAAAGAUAAUGAACAGGUUCCUGAGCCAGAAUGGGAGAUUUACCUUCGUGAGACAGCAGAUUUGAUGUUAAAAAAGCAGAAUAACGAAGCGGUUCUUGCGGUACGGGAGCGGUUGUACGAACUCAUUUCUCGUUGUAUUCAGCCAAAUGUUAUAUUCAGUUAUUUGCUUCGUGAGCUGCUGAAGCGAUGUCCACAGUCUGCACAAUUAGAGACUGUACAAGUGGCCGCACUUUAUGAGCACAGACUGAGAAGAGGUCAGAAACCUAUCAUUCAUCUGGAGGCAUUCGUUGUUGCGUUCAUGGAUAUCUAUUUGAAUAACCUGAACUCUAACCUUAUGGAGACGUGA